AUGGAGAGGGUACAUUUCCAACAGGAGCAGAUGCUCGCCGAGCUCAAGGACCUCGUGCAGCGAGGUCUCUUCACCCAGAAAGAAGCGAAGCAGAUACUGCAGAAGCGCACCGCGUUCGAAACGGCGCUCGUGCGGCGCGUCGCGAAGAAGGGCGACUUCCUGCGCUACGCGGCGUACGAGAUGGGGCUCGAGGCCCUCCGGCGAAAACGCGUCGAGCGGCUCAAGCAGGACACGGCGCCGCCGUCCGUGUCGGACUACGCGCUCGUGCGGCGGCAGUUCCACAUAUUCGAGCGUGCGCUCAAGAAGUUCAAGGGCGACGUCGGGCUGUGGAUACAGUACGUACGGGUGGCGAAGAAGGAGCGCGCGCGCGCGCUCGUCGGGCGGAUCACGGCGCGCGCACUGCAGCUGCACCCGAACGUCCCUGCGCUGUACAUUCUUGCCGCGUCGCAUGAGCUGCAGCACCUCUCGCCGUCGACUGCUCGGGCGCUGCUGCAGCGGGGGAUCCGGCUGAACGCGGAUAGCGUGGAGAUGUGGAGGGAGUACGUGCGGAUGGAGUUGGGGUUCGUGGAGAGUCUUCGGCGACGAUGGGGUGUGCUGGGGAUCGACGUCGCGCAGGGUGACAAGGGCAAGGGCAAGGAGAUGGAGAAGGAAAAGGCCAUUGAUGAAGGGCUGCUGGCCUUCGAAGAUGAAGCAAUGGGAGAAGGGGAAGAUGUCCAGAUGGCAGCAGACCAAGAGGAAGGUGCUGAGGACGAGGCGGCAAGGAGAGAAAUUAUGCAGGGUGCGAUCGUCAAGUCCGUGAUGGACAAUGCGGCCAAAGCACUCCCAAAAUUCGAGCUGUUCACGUCAUUGCACGACCUGCUCGUCAUAUACCCUUGUCCGCCGGAAUUGCGUGAUGCUUUGCUCGAGCAUCUCUUUGUCCUUCUGCGCAGCACGCUUCCCACCGAUCCGGCGGCGAUAAAGUUGUCUGCUACGCGGUAUCUUACGCCAGGCCUAAAAGGCGAGGCGCUGAUCGACGCGCUGAAGGGAGCGAACGAGCAGCUGGUGAAAGCGGUGCGCGACAAUAGCACCUCCAGCUCAAGUCUCGCAGCGGCGUACGUCACAUUCGUGAAAGAAUGGUGCGAGAAAGAUGUUGACGACACUCUGAAAGGGUAUCUCGUUGCGUCUUUGCAUAUGCUCGCACAGCGCGAUGCAGCCUCGGCAGCGCUGAUGGCGGCAGAAAUCAGACUAUUAGCGUCAUACCCGCAAAUCCACCCGUUUCUCCCACCCAGCUGCAAUAGCAUCCCGCAUAUCCUUCGGCUGGCGAGAAAAUACACGCGAAAGGCCUCUGGAGCAGAAGAGAUGUGGAUCGCGCGGCUAGAGCUUGAAAGCCAGUUCACAGAAGGUAAAGAAGCGUAUCAGGCGACGUGGGCAGAAGCAAGGGAAGCGGUCGUCGAAGGCGACGGGGUGACGACCGUGUGGCUCUGGGGGCUGGAACGUGCUCGCGAAGCGGACGUGGAGGCGGACGUGGAGCUUCUGGAGACCCUCCUGCGGGAGAGCAAGCGAAUUACGGAUCCGGCUGCGUGGAGUGCAGUCCAUGAGGUGCUACUGGUGCGGUACGCUGCUGCGGUUUUGGCCCUGGCAGACGGCGACGUGGCACGACCGGGACCGGGAGAGAGAAGUACGCCAGACCGUGCCCAGCUUGGAGCGGCGACUGCAGCGGCGCGCGCGGGCGCACGCGUGCAGCGAGUGCGACAUAUUGCUACAUCGUAUCUGCCCAGCGCAAAGGUGUGGGCGCGCGUGUUCGCGCAGGAGGCUGCAGCCAUGCAGUCGGGUCUGCAGGGCGAUGCAGAUCUAAAGGUGCUAGAGGAGGUGUAUGAGUAUUGGAGGAGGGAGGACGGGGUCGCCGCCACGGCCGAGUGGGCGAAGUUGCUGCUGCGCCGCGGAAAGGGAAGGGAGGCGCAGGCGGCGGUGAUGCGCGCGCGGAGUUGGUUGACGGCGGACGAGAGCGGCGAGGUCGAGCGUCGGUGGGCGAUCGAUCUGGAAGGACCGCCGGAAGACUCCGGUGCCGCCGCGGCAGCGUGUAACAUUAGGUAA